UAACAUAAUGCUUCAAAUAAAAUUGGAUUUUAUGAUAAUUACAAAUUCAGUGGGUUGGCCCGAGAACAUCUGAUCGUCUAAAUAAGAGCUCGAUACGAACAUAAGUACAUACCUUAUUAUAAAAGCGGCGGCUACGUUUCGAACUUUCGGACAUUUAUACAAAGCAGCAACGAUUUCAUUAUCAACUUCAGACAUUUUGUUCGAAGAGAAUAACGUCUACAUACAUACAUAUGUACAUUGAAAUGAAAUCGAACUACUAAUUGACACUGGGUUCGACAUACAGCCUUUAAAGUCAACUAUAAUAAUAAAUUCUUCUUGGCUUAUACUGCAAUGGCUUUCAAUAUUUCGUCUAUUAGAAACGAGGGAUCUGGUGUAGAAUUGUUUGAAGGAUAUUCAGACAAGCUUCUAAUGUUCGCUUCGAUUGCUUGUAUUAUAUUUAUGAUCGUGGGAAUACCAGGAAAUAUGAUAAAUAUAAUAGCGUUGGCAAGAGGAAAACAGACGCGAAACUCAACAGCGAUUUUUAUAAUAAAUUUAUCAUUAUCCGACUUGCUUUUUGACUGCUUCAACCUGCCUUUGGCAGCUUCGACAUUUUUGAGGAGGUCCUGGAUACAUGGAGAACUUCUUUGCAGACUUUUCCCGCUUAUGCGUUACGGCUUACUGGCCGUUUCGCUAUUUACUGUAUCACUCAUUACCAUUAACAGAUACAUUAUAAUCGCUCACCCUCGACAGUAUUCCCGUAUUUAUCAACGACGCUAUUUGGCUUUAAUGAUUGCGGGUACAUGGAUAACAGCUUUUUCCAUAAUGAUACCUACCUGGCGUGGUGUUUGGGGAAGAUUCGGAUUAGAUACUUCUAUUGGAUCUUGUUCCAUACUGCUUGAUAAAAAUGGGCAUACACCAAAAGAGUUUCUUUUCAUUGCAGCUUUUUUGGUUCCUUGUAUUUGCAUUGUGGUUUGUUAUGCCCGAAUUCUUUACCUUGUGCGGAAGGCAGCAUUCAGAUCUAGAGAAACUCCUGCCAAAAAUAUAACAUUUCAAAAUGAAGCUCCGACUCCACGACGACCUAAUUCUGAAAAGAUUGUUAUCAACAACCAUGAUUUAGCAUUAAAAUCACCAAAUACUGCGGAAAAUCAACCUAUAGGGAAACCAUUUGAUGUUUACGAAGAUUUGGAAUACAUUGAUGUAAGUGAUUCAAAUGACAACGGUCAAGAAUUCGAUGAGAUAAUCAAAGUUAACAACAGUGAUAACAACACGAACGCAAAGGAAAAUCUUAAUGAAGCUUCAAAGGCGCAUAUUGACGAUCUUGCAUGCGAAGCAAAGAAGACGCAAUCAUUCAAUGUCAAAUUUACCAUCGCAUUGGAUCAUUGCAUAAAUUCCAGCAAAUAUACUUCAUGGGCAAUAUGGAAGAACAACUUGACAGUCAAGCGAUCAACACAGCUAUGAAAAGAGCAAUUCUCCAAGAUCUGCAGCAACUGAUCUAUGAACAUCAUGCAUUGGUCAGGCUGUUCAAGACUGCAUUAAAGCGCAUGCCAAGUGAUAAUUAUAAAGUUGUGAUCAGAGCAGAUAAACGACCAGCUGGCACACACGAACGCACAUUUAAUGCUCCAACAAUCGAUGAAGUAGCAAUUUUGAUUGUUGGUGAAAACUUGGAAACACAUGAUAUUGUACUUACACGACGCAAUACUGGACAACUACAAAAAAUAUAUGAAACACACCGUUCAUAUGACAAAUUACAAUACCCGCUGAUGUUUUGGCAAGGAGACGAUGGAUAUCACUUCAAUAUCAAAAUGAUUAAUCCAUUGAAUGGUUGGCAAUAACACCAAACUUCGACUGAAAACAGCUGAAAAUCGUAAUACCAAAAACGAAUUGGGUUGAUCUGAAGUAGAAUUCCUCCAACUUUAAUUCAACUUAGUGGAGUUGAAAACCGUAAUCUACAAGUAUCUUCUUCUUCUAUAUAUAUGUUCCGAAUAGGCUCCGAAACAGCUGGACCGAUUUCAAUGAAACUUUCAGGAAAUCUUUAGAUUGCCCUGACGAGUAAUCCUGUAAAGUUUGGUGACGAUCGGAGUACUUUUCUUUUUGAACUGUCAAAUUUCAAAGAAUCUUCAUCACGAGCUACCGAGACAAUCCAAAAGAAAAUAAUUAAGGAUUUUUAAGAAUUCAAGAAUCAUUGUAAUAAAUAUAUAAUAAAAUGACACCAAAAAAAGAAAGUAUUGGUAAAAAAACCUCCAAAUCAAAGAAAGUUAAGGAAAAAAUAGCAAAUAAAGCAGAUGAGGAACGUAAGUUACACCUUGAGAAAAAAUCAUAAUAGAAUAUCUACAAGAAGAAAUAUGGAAACUGAAGAAGAGCGUGAAUCACGGCUUCAACAAAAUCGUGACAAGGAAUCUUUAUCGCGAGCUACAGAGACAAUCCAAAAACGUACGCAAAGACUUGAUGCCAAUCGUAACCGAAUGGCUCAAUCUCGAAAAAGAAUAAAUUUAAAACUUGCGGCGUUCAACGAUUACAGAAAUACAAGAAUCGGUGCAACGAACAAAGUUUGUUCACAUUGUGGUGCUUUGAAGUUCGCGAAAGAACCAGGGGAUGUGCUGUUCGAACGGUAAAGUUGUUUUAUCACCAUCGUUGAAGCCACCUGAACCACUUCUUAGUUAUAUUUCUAAGCGCACUCCAACUUCCAAAUAUUUUUUAAAACAUCCGAAAGUAUAAUUCAUGCUUCCAAAUGACGUCCUUUGGAGCAACAUAGUGAACAAUGACGGAUACAUGCCCACUUUUAAAGUGCAAGAUCAAAUUUACCACAGAAUUAGAUCAUUGCUCCUAGUUCAAGAUGAGGAUCCCAAGUUUUUCAAAUUUAUUUCACCAUUUAUAAUGAAGCAGCAAAAGCUGAUCAGCGUUGCGCAAUCAGUACUGAAGUAAGACGAGAAAUCGUCUUAGAACUUCAAACUAUGUUUCAUGAACACAACAGCCUUAUCCGUUCAUUCAAAACAGCUCUAGACGAGAUGACGACAGAUGAUUAUAAGGUUGUGAUAAGAGCAGACAAAACACCACCCGGAGAGCAUAAGCGAUUCAAUACACCGGUAAAAGACGACGUUGCAGUAGUUAGGGUCGGAAUAGAAUUCGAGCGACGCGAUAUAAUCAUCCAUUUUCGAAAUUAAUACCUUCGACGCGUUGCGGAAACACAUCAAUCAUAUGAUGCAUUACAGUAUCCAGUUCUUUUUUCACGUGGCGAAGAUGGCUACCAUUUCAAUGUAAUGCAAGUAAAUUUAAAUGUAAAUAAUGAGUCAACGAAAAAAGUCUCUUACAUGAUCUUUUAUGCCUACCGCCUUACGACUCCACAAAAUAAAUUUAAUCAUUUGUUGAAUUGCCGUGAACUAUUACAUCAAUUCAUGGUCGACAUGCACGCAAAAAUUGAAAGUGAACGUCUUCUCUUUAUUCGGUUGAAUCAACGAAAGCUACGCACCGAGGAAUAUAUGCACUUACGUGAUGGGAUUAAUAAUAAUGGAAAUCCUGCAAAUAUUGGCCAAAUGGUGAUUUUGCCAGCAACGUAUACCCGCAGUCCUCGACAUAUGAACGAGUACGCCCAAGAUGCUACGACUUACGUGCGCAAGUACGGACGACCGAAUCUCUUCAUUACUUUCACGUGCAAUCCAACAUGGAAAGACAUUAUUGACCCGAUUCAAAUGCAGAAAUGGAUUGUACUCACAGGGGCAUCAUCAGGAAUUGCAUCAACGCUCUUGGAUGGUGGACGCACUGCACAUCCAGCACUCAGACUUCCCUUAAAUUUAAACCUAACAGAAACACCAACUUGCAAUAUUGGCAAAAAUUCUGGUAUAGGUAAAGUCCUCAAAACGAGUAAAGUUAUUAUUUGGGGUAAUAUACAAUGGCCCAUAAAAAAUCACUCGAAGGACUUGACAAGACAUUGCGUGAUUUUCGAGGAAAUGACCAACCAAUGGGAGGGGCUCUUAUUCUUUGUCAAAUGCAACCAAAUAUUCAAGCUGUUGUCGACAAAGUAUUUCCAAAUUUAACAAUUAAUUACAAAAAUUCGGAUUGGCUUUAUGAACGCGCAUUUUUAGCACCAAAAAAUGAUGACGUUAACAAACUCAAUGAUCAAAUUCAAUUGAAACUUCCCGGCGAAGAAAUCAAUUACAAGUCAAUCGACACGGUAAUGGACGAAGAACAAGCUGUUAAUUAUCCAGUUGAAUUUUUAAACUCAUUGGAGCCACCUGGAAUGCCGCCACACACAAUAAAAUUGAAAAUUGGAUCACCCAUAAUGCUAAUUCGCAAUUUAAACGCACCUAAGUUAUGCAACGGAACCAGAUUAACAUUAAAAAAAAUUUCACCGAAUUUAAUCGAAGCCACAAUCAUCGGUGGUAAAUUCUAAGGCGGUGGUAAAUUCUAAAGGUACUGAUUCCACGAAUACCGAUCAUUUCCAACGAUUCACCAUUCCAACGAUUCCAAUUCCCUUUGCGUCUUGCUUUUGCAAUAACUAUCAACAAAGCACAAGAUCAAUCGUUGACUAUCGCCGGUUUAAAUGUGGAGAAUUGGUGUUUUUCACACGGCCAAUUGUAUGUCGCUUGCUCCCGAGUCGGCACAUCUAAAAUCGUAUACGUUUAUACUCCAAAUGAAAAAACGAAAAAUGUAGUCUACCCACUCGCCUCAAGAUAAGUUUUAACGAACUAAUGAGUCUGCUGUGUGAAGUGGUCAUCGCUCAUGUUGUAUAUUUUUAUAAUUACUAGUUUUUUGUUCUAUUAAUUUAAUUUAUCUUCGCUUUUUUUUAUUCAAAAAUAGAAACAAAAGACUAUCUGUCAUUUACAUCUGAUGAAAUUUUUAAUGGUUUUAAAUAACUAUCAAAGUACUUUAUCUUAUAUAUAUCGAAUUUAUUUAUCACGUACUAUUAUAUUAUUAUAUUAAUUAAAUACAAAAUAAUUACAUUUUAUAUUUUAUUGUCCCGAUGCCCGAUAGCUUUUGUAUCAAUGAUAUGAAUGAUAUUCUAUUUACUAACAUGUAUAUGGGUGUAGCUAAUAAUCUUCACCCGCUCAAGAAGAGAAUAGAAGAAAAUAAAUAUGAAGAUAAUUGAAUAAUUUAAUAUAUUUAAGAGAUAAAUUAAAUAUUUAAUGUUGUAAUUUUGUUGGUUAAGAAAAAUAAAGCAAAAUCUAGUCCGGCGGGCUGGGUACGUUAGUAGGAGUAUAAUAAGAAAACAAA